AUGGGCUUGCAUGCCUUCUGUACCUUCGGUGGUUUGAACACAUGGCACGCCGCUGCGUUUCUACCUACGAAGGUCCGGGAGGCUCUGAAGGCGGAAUUUCCAACAUUCGACAUCGUGGAAUUUCUGGGAAUUGGGCCUAUCAUGUCGCAGCUGAACCUGUUCGCGGCAGCUUCCCUUAUUGUGGCUCCCCACGGGGCCGGUCUGUCCAACAUGGUGGUCUCGUCGCUACAUACACCAGUUCUGGAGAUAGGCCCACCAAUCUGCGCAGCUUGCUAUAUGCACCUGGCCGUGAAGCUUCAGCACAUCUACGCCCGACACCCCGGAAGCAGCGAGUGGGACACGCCUUGCGAUGGCAAAUACGAACCGGACGUCGGUGAAAUUCUUCUGCUUGUAAGGUAA